AUGCAACUUGGGUCGAUCAAGAGACUGCAAAUAGAGGAUGGAAUCAUGGCGUGCGUGCUGUUAGCAUUUUGUGCGAUGAUCGUGGGCUUGAUCACUGUCGGUCGACUCGGCACCAACGAAAUCCCCUUGGGCACACCCAUAGCAGACAUCGGGCCCCCGUCAAUUGCAGACCGUGUGCUGGGCAGCAAAUGGGUCAUCAUCACGGAGCAGAUGUGGCUGGCGACCGUCUGGGGUUGCAAGGCGUGCUUGAUGCUUUUGUACAACAACAUGACGACCGGGUUGAGCCUGCACCACCGUCUCGUGCAGGUCAUUGGCAUAUUCACGGCGGCCAGCUACUUGCUGAUUGAGAUCUGUUUCUUUGCUGUCUGGUGUCGACCCUUCCAUGACUACUGGGCGAUCCCCGCGACAACGCGCAACUGCUCCGUCUACACCGACCACAUGAUCCUCGUUCUGUCGCUGAAUGUUGCGACUGACUUGUUCAUGAUGAGCAUUCCACUGCCGCUUCUCAUCCAGGCGAGGCUCUCGCUCUGGAAGAAGAUUACGCUAUGUUGCGUCUUCUCGCUGGGCAGUUUUGUUAUUAUCUGCUGCUGUCUGUCCAAGUACUACAGCUUGCAUUUCCCCUACGGUGCCGAAUGGAUCAAGUGGUAUGUGCGUGAAGCCGGCACAGCUACAAUCGUUGCCAACAUACCUCAAACAUGGCCACUGGUGCGCCGCCUGAUGAAUGUCAACUCCUUCUUCUCGACGACGUCCUUCUCUCGUACGCGACGAACUACCAAUGACGACGGCUAUCUCUCCGGUAGCAAUGUCCGGCUGUCGAGACUGCGCGGGGACCGCAUGCACUCGCAGAUGAUGCACAGUGGCAUUGACCGCACCGAUAGCCAGGAACAGAUCAACACAACAGACCCGUUACAGAUCUGGGAACACAAGCAAUUUCAAAUCACGGCGGAGGAAGCCGACGAGGAGGCCAAGUCUGGUGAUCGUAGUCCGACUCUAGAAUAUAAUUCGAUUCCCUUUCCAGAGCGACCACAACCACGUACGACCGCAACUGUUACGAUCGGAUAG